AUGGCCAGUGUCAAGAGGGGAAGCUGGGCAGGCUCCAGCCUAUUCUGCCGUGCCAUCGGGUGGACCUCCCUGCUUUUGGCGCUCAUCUCCUUCUCAAGCGUGAGCAACUGCGUUACGGUGAGACGCUCCAUCCUGAAGAAGACGGUGGCCCACACUACUGGGCACACGUCCAUCGGAGACAUGCCGUCCACCGACACAUACCCGGUCGGCAGUCUGCCCGAGGCAAAGCUGGAGGAACAAGCCGCAGCCAACACCAUCAACAAGUACAAGGCCAAUGCGGCGCGUGACGAGCAGGAUGACAAUGACGACGAAGAGCAACAGGCAAACGACGAUUCCUCAGAAGUCCCUAGGCUCUACGAGGUUUCAAGCAGCGAAGGCGAAGGCGAAGGCGACGAACUCAGUGAACCUGAUGCCACUGCCGACAACGCGCUCGACGGAGACAAUGACAAUGACAAUGCCAACGAUGCGGCGGAUGACGGGGAUGAUGGGAAAGACGGAGAUGAUGAGAAUGUGGACAGCGCCGACGUCCCCAAGUCCUACCUGGAGCAGGACUCCCAGCGCAUACUCAGCCUUCCCAACCACCCGAACAUCCACCUGCUUGGCCGCGAGUACGAACCCCCGAGCAAGCACCCGAAACUCCAGAAGGUCCGCCGCGUCGUGAGGGGCAUGUCGAGGCUGGGAGCUGAGUACGCCCAGAAGGGUCUGAGAACGGCCCGCGACGUGUACCGACAACACGCGCCCAUAAUCGCCGACAAGGCGAAGAAGGUCGCUAAGAGGUUCAAGAACUUCGUCACUAAGCGCAAUCGCGAGUAG